ACUCUUCUCAUCAUCCAAAACCAGAAACUUUGACCGGAAAAGAAUCAGAGAAGUAAAGAAAAACAGAACAAAAUUAAAACAGAAUUUCUUCUCUAAUCCAUUACGCCGGCGAUUUCGGCGGCGUAGGAGAUGAAAGUUCGUAGGAAACUUGGUGGUGGUUGCGGCGGAGACGUCGUUGUUUCAUGGCGGACGUUCUUUUGGUUCGUGAUUCUGUUUGUCUUCUCCUUCGUUCUCUUCUCCACCAUGUUUAUUUUUAAGGGGAAGUUUCGUCCGGUGGUUCGUUCGACGAUAAGCUUCUCAACGGCUGUUACGGCAAGGGCGGUUUUCCGUGAGUCUAUAUCGUCUUCUCCGGCGGUUACGAUUCGUGAAGCGGUGAAAUUACCUGAACAAACUCUGGUUUUCCUAAAAUACCCUCAGUCUCGUCGGUUAUUUACAAAAGACGAUCUCAUUUGCGUUUUCUCCGGUUCGUCGAAGCUACGGAAAGUGUAUCCGACGGCUGUGGACAGAGACAAAUUUGGAGGUCAGAUCGUACGGUGUCCUGAGACGCCACGUGGCUACACCAUUUCGCUUGCCGUUUCGAGAUGGACGACCGAUGAUCAUCUCCCGGCUGGACCAACUCACCGGUAUGAUUGGCUGGUUUACGACGCCGUGAUCGACUACGAUAACUCUACGGUGGUUUUUGUCAAGGGGCUUAAUCUACGGCCAGGAAGAGUUGCUGACGUGUCGAGAUAUGAGUGCGUGUACGGUUGGGAUUUCGCGAAACAUAAUCGGUUAAUAAGAUCAGAUGUCAUCACUGCGGCUCAGGAGAUCGUACGGUGUAGAACACCGUUAGCUGUGUUAGACGGCCCAAAAGCGGCCCGUGGGCCUGUUAAAGUCUCGGUUAGAAUCAAAGGAGGAACCGGAAUGCUUCCUUCUAUCGCUCAGCCGGUUCGGAUCAUUAACCCGCCGCGAAAGAAACCCUUUCAAAUGUGCGUUUGCACCAUGACCCGAAACGCAGCCGCGGUUUUGAGAGAGUGGGUGAUGUAUCACGCCGGAAUUGGCGUUCAACGGUGGUUCAUCUAUGACAACAACAGCGACGACGAUAUCAUCGCCGAGAUCGAGAAUCUCGAAAGACGUGGUUACAACAUCUCUAGACAUUUCUGGCCGUGGAUUAAAACUCAGGAAGCCGGAUUCUCUAAUUGCGCGAUCCGUGCAAAGAGCGAUUGCGAUUGGAUUGCGUUUAUCGACGUCGACGAGUUCUUCUACAUCCCAUCCGGUGAAACUCUAACUUCCGUCAUCAGAAAUUACACAACCACCGACUCAAUCGGUGAAAUUCGAACACCUUGCCACAGUUUCGGGCCAUCGGGUUUGAGAUCUCGGCCUCGGAGUGGAGUCACGUCGGGAUACACUUGCCGUGUGGUGUUACCGGAGAGACACAAGAGCAUAAUCCGGCCGGAAGCGAUGAACGCGACGCUGAUAAACGUUGUUCACCAUUUUCACCUCAGAGAUGGAUUCACGUUUGCUGACAUGGAUAAGGAUAUAAUGGUAAUCAACCACUACAAGUAUCAGGUGUGGGAGGUUUUCAAAGAGAAGUUUUAUCGGCGAGUCGCGACGUACGUAGCGGAUUGGCAAAACGAAGAGAAUGUCGGGUCAAGAGAUCGAGCACCCGGUUUAGGAACCCGACCCGUUGAACCAUCUGAUUGGGCUGAGAGAUUCUGUGAGGUUAAUGAUACGGGGCUUAGAGAUCAAGUGUUUGAGAAGUUCAAAGACAAAAAAACGCAGCGUUUAGUUUGGGAAAAAGCGGAAGAAGACGACAAUAUCCAGAGAAUGGUGAGUGAAACACCAUUGAGAGUUACUAAUCGAUCUGGAGAUGGAUCAAAUGGAUCAAAGGAAGUAUCGAUCGCGAGAGAGAAGAAUGGUGAAAACGCAGAGAUAUUCAUCAGCCCGAGAUUCAAAUCAGCGGCGGCUAUGGCGGGUUGGGACGAAGAAGAUCUGAUAAUCGCUAGCUUUGUGGUAGAUGAUACUCCUGAAAGAAGUUCUUCAAAGCGAAGGAGACGUUCCAAUUUGUUGUUUAAAUCAACCCCACCUUCUGGUUCUUCAAGAAGGAAUCAGCGUGUUAAGCAAAGUCUUGUUCCGUUACCUGUUAUUGAUCUUGAUAAAGUAAUCAGACAUGAAGAAGAAAAAUCUGCAGAGAAGAAGAAAAAGAAGAGAGAGAUGGAAACAGAAACAAAAGAAGAGAAGAAAAUAGAUAAAGAUGAGAAGAGUUUGUCAGAUCAUGUUGUGCUUCCUUGCAUAGAUAAGCUUCGAGAUGAAUUGUCUUGCGCGAUUUGUCUUGAGAUUUGCUUUGAACCUAGUACUACAACUUGUGGACACAGCUUCUGCAAAAAGUGUUUGCGAUCUGCGGCGGAUAAGUGUGGAAGGAAAUGCCCUAAAUGCAGGCAACUAAUAGGAAAUGGAAGAUAUUGUACUGUCAAUACGGUUCUUUGGAACACAAUCCAGCUUUUGUUCCCUAAAGAAGUCGAAGCACAGAGAGCUGCUUCUGCUAACUUGAAAGGCAAGGAGACACCGAGUCCUAGAAAUCCGAAUCAAAGGCUAAGAAGCAGAAACAGGGAAACUGCAUUGUUUCAAGAGAGGUUACAAAGAGAGGAUAUUUCGAGAUUGCUUGUAUCUGAAGAGAGAAGUGAGAGGAGCGAAAGAAGGAGGAGAAGUACAAGUAUGAGGUUGGAUCAAAAUAGGGAUGCAGCAUUAGCGAUGCGGUUACAGCGACAGGAGUUCGCAUCAGCUUUUGGCGCAACGACGGCUGAAACUUCUUCUUCAUCGGUUUCUACUCUGUCGCGAGCAAGAGCUAACCUGCAAGCUAUGGCGUCAAGAGCUGUUCGCAGGCAAGGAUGAAAUGUGAUCAUCAUCUUGAAUGACAUUCAUCAUCAUCUUUAGCCUGAAUCUGCCACAGAUCAAGGCAAUUUUCACAUUGUAAAACUACACUAUUAUUCGGUUCCGUAUUCCUGAAAUUUCCUUAGAAAUCCAUAGUCUGAUCAUGAAGAUUGUAAUCGAUCCGUUACCAUGGAACCUUUGUUGGUGUCAGAGACUUGUGAGAGUUUGAUAAUGGGAAGACAUACUAAAUUAGGUUAACUUGUGUUUUUGUAAUAACUUGUGUGUCACAAAUAGGUU